AUGGAGGAGCCGCAGAAGAAGACGGGGUCCAGGUACGAGAGCAAGCCCCGUAAAGUGAGGUUCAAGCUGGCCUCGUCCUACAGCGGCCGAGUGCUGAAGCACGUGUACGAGGACGGACAGGAGCUGGAGAGUCCUGAGGAGAAGUACCCUCACAGUUUCAUCCACACCAAGAUCCCUCAGCACCUGGACAUGGGGCAGCUUUGCGGCUUCGAGGAGAUGCAGGACCAGGGUCUGUACCCACCCACGGGGCUCAUUGCUCAGAGGAUCAACGUGUACCGGGGAGUCAGUGGCUACAGGCCUCCAGCCUAUGGAGAUGUGCAAGAUGGUGAUGAAAAAGCACCAGUUUUAGACUUUGGAAAGAUCAUCAUCUAUACCAGCAACCUGAAGAUCAUCCGGUCUCCUCAUAGAAAAGGAGAGUCUGGUAGAAGCCAUCAUCGGAGUCGGGGGGAGGGAGGAGAGGCCUCACCAGGCCGGGAGUCCAGGUCCAAAGGAAGACACAAAACAAAAGGUGCCCGUGCAGAAGAACGCAGCCCUACACCCAAACAAAAGGAGGUGACCAGUUGCGAACAGUGUGGAGGGUCAGGCAGUGCCCCUUGUUCCUUGUGCCAUGGCAGCAAGUUGUCCAUGUUGGCCAACCGCUUCAACGAGUCCAUCCGUGAGCUGCGCUGUCCUGCCUGCAAUCCUGAUGGUCUGGAGCGGUGCCAGUUGUGUGCCCAGUAA